GGCAGCAUGGCAGCGGCGGCGGCGCCCGGCGUGGCGCCGGUUCGAGCCCGGUUCCUCACCUCUAAGGAGCAGUUCCACGCCUACCUGCGGGCAGGGGGCGAGGAGGAGGAGGAGGAGGAGGAAAAGGAGGAGAAGAAGGAAGAGGAGCAGGUCAGCGAACCCCCGGCCAAGAGGGUGAAGGCAGAGGAGCUCGGCCAGGAUGGGGAAAGCCAAGGGAAUGCUGGAGAGGAGGAGAAGGAGCACCAGGAGAAGAAGAGAGCCCGGGGGCAGAACAAGAGCCGCCCCUGCAUGAAACCCAGCUGCUACGAGCAGAGCAGGCUGUGCCCCUCGGUGACACAGGGCUGUGCCGGGCAGUGCCGCUUCGGGCCGCGCUGCCGCUUCCUCCACGACGUGUCCCAGUACCUGGCGGCCAAGCCCGCAGACCUGGGCCAGCGCUGCGUCCUCUUCGACACCUUCGGCCGCUGUCCCUACGGCGUCACCUGCCGCUUCGGCCAGGCCCACCUCGGGGACGGCCACCAGAACCUGGUCAACGCCUCCCUGGCCCAGCAGUGGGAGGGGAAGCUGCUGGUGAGGAACGGCCUCUCCAAGGAGCUGCAGCAGCAGCUGCGCAAGAGGAAGUUCAGCUUCCACAAGGCCGAGGAGUUUCUGCUUGGGCUCCGUGCUGGGAAGGGAGGCAAAGCCACAGGGAGCUCCACGGAGGUGUCCAACUGCGCUGAUCCCCAGGACGGCCUGAGGGACAGCCCUGUGCUGCAGGAGCAGGGAGAAGAUCCCAGACCUGAGAUCCUGCAGAGCUCCCAAAGGGCUGAGGAUGCUCCCAGACCUGAGGCCCUGCAGAGCUCCCAAAGGGCUGAGGGUGCUCCCAAACCUGAGGCCCUGCAGAGCUCCCAAAGGGCUGAGGAUGCUCCCAAACCUGAGGCUCUGCAGAACUCCCAAGGAGCUGAAGGUGCUCCCAAACCUGAGAUCCUGCAGAGCUCCCAAGGGGAUGAAGGUGCUCCCAAACCUGAGGCCCUGCAGAGCUCCCAAGGAGCUGAGAGUGCUCCCUCCAUCCCAACCCUGGGCCCACUGACAGAUGAAGACAUCACGAAGCUGCGGCCGUGUGAGAAGAAGAAGCUGGAAAUCCAGGGCAAGCUCUACCUGGCUCCACUGACCACGUGUGGAAACCUCCCUUUCCGACGCAUCUGCAAAGGUUUUGGAGCAGAUGUCACCUGUGGGGAGAUGGCUGUGUGCACCAACCUGCUCCAGGGCCAGUUCUCCGAGUGGGCUCUGCUCAAGCGCCACCACACCGAGGACAUCUUCGGGGUGCAGCUGGAGGGAGCCUUUCCAGACACCAUGACCAAGUGUGCAGAGCUCCUCAACAGGACAAUCGACGUGGAUUUUGUUGACAUCAACGUCGGGUGUCCCAUCGACCUGGUCUACAAGAAGGGAGGAGGCUGUGCUCUGAUGACUCGCUCCAACAAGUUCGAGCAGAUCGUCCGCGGGAUGAACUCGGUGCUGGAUGUCCCCCUGACGGUGAAGAUCCGCACUGGGGUGCAGGAGAAGGUUAAUGUGGCUCACAAAAUCAUCCCCAGGAUCCGGGAGUGGGGCGCGUCCAUGGUCACGCUGCACGGGCGCUCGCGGGAGCAGCGCUACACGCGCAGUGCGGACUGGGCUUACAUCGCCGAGUGCGCCCGCCUGGCCAGCCCCAUGCCUCUCUUCGGAAAUGGGGAUAUUUUGUCCUAUGAAGAUGCAAAUCGAGCCAUGCAGAUGGGAGUUUCUGGAAUCAUGAUUGCAAGGGGGGCACUCAUCAAACCCUGGCUUUUCACGGAAAUCAAGGAGCAGAGACACUGGGAUAUCUCCUCCAGGGAGAGAUUUGACAUCCUCAAGGACUUCACCAACUACGGCCUCGAGCACUGGGGGUCAGACACCCAGGGAGUGGAGAAAACCAGGAAAUUCCUGCUGGAGUGGCUCUCCUUCCUGUGCAGGUACAUCCCAGUCGGGCUAUUGGAACAUCUACCUCAGAAAAUCAACGAGCGGCCGCCCUAUUACCUGGGGAGGGACUACCUGGAGACCCUCAUGGCCAGCCAGAACGUGGAUGAUUGGAUCAAAAUAAGUGAGCUGCUCCUGGGCCCCGUCCCGCCCAGCUUCACCUUCCUGCCAAAGCACAAGGCCAAUUCCUACAGAUAGGGCUGGCCUGGCCCUGUCCCUCGGCGUCAGGAGGAGUUUGGAUGGGCUGUGAGGAGGAGCAGGGCUCCUGGCAGUUGGAAUAAAGCUGAUGUUUUUAGAAGCUGGGGAGUUUUUUGCCUUCCUGCCUGCCCCACACCAAUCCUGGCAGACAGACACCUGUUAGUGAGGGGAUCUUUGCCUCCAGU